AUGGCUAUAGGGGUCCCACUCGGUGAUCUGAACACAAACUUGAGUAAGUUUGACUCAACACAUUAUACACAGUUUAAUACAGUCAGGUGCCUUCUAAAUAUAAUACCAUCAGGGGAGCCGGGCCAGCUGUACAGCGUUGUGUCCUUCAUUGUCCUCAUCACUGAGCCUGGCUCCAGCGUCAAGGAGGAUACGGAUACAGUCAACCUGGCCCGAAGUGACCGCAACGUGGAGGGCUGUUCUACCCAGAGGGGUUUUAAGUUUCACGUGUUGAUUGCUGGUGGUGAGGUCCUUUGGUCUUUUUAUACCCAUUUUGACUUGUUGGUUGUCCCUUUUGAAUGGUUGUUUGUAUUCUCUGAUCAAGAUCCACUCCAGAGAAAUGGUCGACGGUAUGAUGGCAGUGUGAAGCCCAAAAUUAAUUUACAACAAGUAGCAAUAACACAGAUUGGCAAUUACAAUGUAAGCACUAAAGAGAAUUUGGAGAAAGAAUCUUUGUUUCACAGUCACUACAGUCCACUGAAUGUCACUGUUAAUGGAAGCCCCUGCAUUCUAUUCUGGGCCAGAAGGAUCAUGAUUAAGUUUCAGAACCACACUCAGCUGGAUCUAACAGACAAAACAUUUGGUGUUCACGCAUCGGUGGAUAUUGCUGAUUCAAAUUGCAGUGAAGAAAAUGCAAUGCUUUCACUUAAUUUUGGUGACAUUGACAAUUUGAAAGGAUUUGUUAUCAGAUUCAUUCUGACAAACAGUUACUACAAGCUCUCCAUUCAAAAUUGGUUUACCUUACACAGAAUCCAGCUUAUUUACAAUCAAUCUGUACAAGCAACAUUCAAUGCAACACGAAUACAUGCACCAGCAAUCUAUUCUUAUCACUGUGAACAUGUUAGCAACUUGCAGAGAUAUGAUGCACUAUUAACACCCAGCUCUGCAAAUGAUGAAGCCAAGCACUGGGAAGUUACUUUUAUUGACUUUCAGAUUCAAGGAUUUAACAUUGAAGAUGGACAAUUUGCUUAUGCAAAAGAUUGUGCUUCCCUCUUCCCACCAGCCAUUCUAAUGGGUCUAGUGAUGUCUCUGAUACUGCUUCUUGUUUUAGCUUAUGCUCUUCACAUGUUGAUGCACUUAAAAUCCAUUGACAGACAUUAUGAAUGCAAAGCAUCUUCUGCUUAUUAUCCACAGAUGAAAGAUAUUGAUACAGCAGAUGAAAAAGAGCCCCUGAGAAUCGAUGGGCAUGAAACCUAUGAACUUAGAAGCCAACAAUAUUCUAAAAUCUAUAUCUAACCAUUGUCCUGGGUUGCUGUUCCCAUCCCAUGGCUAGACAGCAAAGUGCUUCAAGAAACUUUUGCAGCUAUGACCUCACAACACUCCUGAAACUGAAUGUCGUAACUUUAAUUUCAAUGAAACAAUUUCAAGUUCUCGUGAUUUUGUGGAGAUAAAAGUAGAAGUGCUGCAGUGGAGUGCUUCAUUACUCAUAAAAUCCAAAAACAGAUCACAUGAAUGAUAACUGCUCCAUUUGUCAAUAUCUAAUACAAAAGCAACUUGGAGAUGAGAGGAGAUGUUUCAUGGUCAGGAAUGUUUUUAGAAUUAUAAUAUUGACUGUGUGAUUAAUUAAUUGCCUGGAACUAUCUAACAAGGUGGAAUAUGCUGCUGUUCUAAAGCUGCCAAAUUUUCUUCCCAAUGAAAAUAAAAUGUCACAGCCAAAGAUGCAUAGCAAAACUAAAGAUCAGUUCUUCGGACAUGGUCUAGCAACAUCAUGUUCCUUCUGCCAUAAC